AUGCAGACCAACAGGCUCGACUACAAGAACGAUUCCGCCGAGCAUGAGCAGUAUUUUAUCGUGGUGCCUGGAGAUAUACCUAUCGUGGCGAUCCGCGGCGAGGAGACCAGGAUCAAGCACAUCGGGAGGAUACCCGAGAUUCCACUACCAAAUGAUCCGCUGAAAUCACUCUCCAGCUCUGUAGCCGCCGUCCUGCUGGAAGCAUUCCAGGAUCCCUUCGGUUCGGUGCAUGUUGCACAAAGUUUCACCUGUAAGCGAUCACUCGAAGUACACUUGGAGCUUCUGGAUAACGUGAUUGUCCGACUAGGGGGAUCGAUCGUGCUAAGGUUGGGAUCGGCACCCGGUGAAGUUCCGCGCAAACCAUGGCUGCUGAACGUGUUCCUGGUUGAUAGCUAUGAAGCGUUUGUCGAGCAGUAUGGCAAGUUGAGCGUGGACAAGUAUGACUACUCCGGAAGAUACCUGGUGGUCUUCAGUAAAGAGCUUGAUGAAGGAGUGAUACGGAAAAUCUUCAAGGACUUGUGGAAGUUACAGAUCAUCAACGUGGUUGCGAUGGGUUUCCUGGGUCAGGAAGUUAAGCUGUGGACGUACUUUGCAUUUUCAAACAGGGCCUGCCGUAUGGUUCACCUGCAAAAUGUGUACAGAAUUGCUGUAGAUGAGUUGUACCCGGACAAGACGAGAGAGUUUCAUGGUUGUCUGUUUAAGGUUGCUGCUUUUGAAACGCCACCUUAUACUAUAAUGCGCAGAACCAAGAAACGCCUGAAAAUGGGUGGCUUUGAGGGUGAUAUUAUGGAUGUACUUGAGAGCAAGCUAAACUUUAAGUCGCUGAUCUAUGAGCCUCCAAAUAAAGAGCAGUGGGGUUAUCCGUUGGAAACCAAUAGUACUGGUAUGAUGGGAUUGAUUCAGAGAGAAGAGGUAGAUUUUGGUAUUUCCUGCUUGGGUAUCUCUGUUGCGCGAUCGGCUAUUUUGAAGGCAGGCAUUGCCCAUCACACGACGAUGAUGGUCAUUGCAGUACCCAAAGGUCGUCCAUAUACUCCGAUCGAGAAACUAAUUCGGCCAUUCGGUGCUGAUGUUUGGCUGUUCAUUGGAGUGGUAUUGCUGGUUGCAUUUCUCUCAAUUGGGAUCAUUGAGUUUAGAACUAAAACUGUUCGUGAGUUUGUCUACGGACGAGGUAUUGCGACACCGCGUCUGAACCUUAUUGGGACUUUCUUUGGACUUGGGUUACCACGACUUCCUGCUAGAAAUUUCGCCAGAACAUUGCUCUAUAUGUGGAUCUUUUUCUGCUUCAUACUGAGAACCUUAUAUCAGAGUGCAAUGUUCCAACAUCUUCAGCAAAAUGAGAAUCUUCCUCCUUCGAAGACACUGAGCGAGAUCGACGAAACCAACGCGUUAUUCUACGUAGUUGUGAGUGGCGAACGUUACUACGAAGCGUUUCCAAACCGCUUGCGAAGAGUCCGUCACCUUCCGCAGGAGCCCAACAACAUCAUCCGUCGGCUGAAGUGGAUGGAGCGCCAUCCAGAAUCGCGCGACGUGGUACAGGGUACGCUGGAUCAUAUGGCGCACCACAAUCAGCAGUUCCGGAGGCGGGGCCUGAAACCGGUCCCGAUCUGCCGUGAGCCUUUGACGACAUUCUCGAUAGCGAUCUACUACCCGAGAAAGUCGAUGCUAACAGGGCAAUUUGAUCAUCAGUUGCUGCAGAUACAAGCUGCCGGGUUGACCAACUACUGGAUCAAACAGUACGGCGACUACGAGUUCUCUGGGAGAUCGGAAGGGAGUGCUGAGCCGAGGCAGAUGAGUAACGAACAUUUGAUGGUGGUUUAUGAGCUGUACGGAUUGUUGAUUGUUUUGAGUGGGACUAUUUUUGUGAUGGAAUUGAUUUCUGACAGGAUUGUUGGGUUGAAAAGAAUGCUGGAGGAAAUCGUUGGACAUUGA